UAUCUCCCGUGAGCUAGCAUCAGAUGAAGCUUGCUGACAGCGUAAUGGCAGGGAAAGCCUCCGACGGCUCCGUUAAAUGGCAACUCUGCUACGACAUCUCGGCCAGGACUUGGUGGAUGGAUGAGUUCCAUCCCUUCAUCGAAGCACUUCUGCCCCACGUCCGGGCGUUUGCCUACACGUGGUUCAACCUCCAAGCCCGAAAGCGAAAAUACUUCAAGAAGCACGAGAAGCGCAUGUCGAAAGAAGAAGAGAGGGCCGUGAAGGACGAACUGCUGAGCGAGAAGCCCGAGGUCAAGCAGAAGUGGGCGUCCAGGCUCCUGGCGAAACUCCGGAAGGACAUCCGGCCCGAGUACCGCGAGGAUUUUGUGCUCACCGUCACGGGGAAGAAGCCCCCGUGCUGCGUUCUCUCGAACCCAGACCAGAAGGGGAAGAUGAGAAGGAUUGACUGUCUCCGCCAGGCCGACAAGGUCUGGAGGCUGGACCUGGUCAUGGUGAUUUUAUUUAAAGGUAUCCCGCUCGAAAGUACUGAUGGCGAACGCCUGGUUAAGUCCCCACAGUGCUCGAACCCCGGGCUUUGCGUCCAGCCCCACCACAUAGGGGUGUCCGUUAAGGAACUCGAUUUAUAUUUGGCGUACUUUGUGCACGCGGCAGAUUCAAGUCAGUCUGAAAGCCCCAGUCAGGCGAGUGAGGCAGAUAUCAAGGACCAGCCAGAAAAUGGGCACUUGGGAUUCCAAGACAGUUUUGUCACAUCAGGUGUUUUCAGCGUGACCGAAUUAGUCAGAGUAUCACAGACACCGAUCGCCGCAGGCACGGGCCCCAAUUUCUCUCUCUCCGACCUGGAAAGUUCUUCGUACUACAGCAUGAGCCCAGGAGCCAUGAGGCGGUCUCUACCCAGCACUUCGUCCACAAGCUCCACGAAGCGCCUCAAGUCCGUGGAGGAUGAGAUGGACAGCCCCGGCGAAGAGCCGUUCUAUGCAAGCCAAGGGCGCUCGCCCGGAAGUGGCAGCCAGUCCAGCGGCUGGCAUGAAGUGGAGCCAGGAAUGCCGUCCCCGACCACAUUGAAGAAGUCCGAGAAGUCCGGGUUCAGCAGCCCCUCCCCCUCGCAGACCUCCUCUCUGGGGACGGCGUUUACCCAGCACCACCGGCCUGUCAUCACGGGACCCAGAGCAAGUCCUCACGCCACGCCGUCGACGCUUCAUUUUCCAACGUCCCCCAUCAUCCAACAGCCCGGUCCCUACUUCUCCCACCCGGCCAUCCGUUACCACCCCCAGGAGAGCCUGAAGGAGUUCGUCCAACUCGUCUGUCCCGACGCUGGCCAGCAGGCUGGGCAGGUGGGGUUCCUAAAUCCCAACGGCAGCAGCCAAGGCAAGGUGCACAACCCCUUUCUGCCCACCCCCAUGCUGCCGCCCCCGCCCCCGCCGCCGAUGGCCAGGCCGGUGCCCCUGCCCGUACCGGACACGAAGCCUCCGACCACAUCCACGGAAGGGGGUGCCACCUCCCCCACUUCACCGACCUACUCGACGCCCAGCACUUCUCCCGCAAACCGGUUCGUCAGCGUGGGACCACGGGAUCCGAGCUUUGUAAAUAUCCCUCAACAGACACAGUCCUGGUACCUGGGAUAAAAGUCACCGCUUCCCACCUUCCACCAGACAGACCCCCCUGGCCCUUUCCCGCCUCUGCAACCCGGAAUCAGCCGCCGCAGUGACUCCUCGUCAUCGACGGAAGGGGAGGCGGACAGAUGCGAUCCGAGCAGCUGGGACGACAAGGCCACGGCCGGGAGUCACAGUCCGAUGGCGAAGGCCAGAACCUUCCGGGAAUAAUUUUUAUUUUUUUUUUUGCCUUCUUUUCUUUUCAACACCUUACUUAGGGACUGUUGUAACUCUGUCACAUGGUGCUGGAAAAGGGUGGGCCGCUGAGCCUCGCGGGGGGCGUCUCGUCGGGAGCGUCUCGGACGACGCCGGGGAGAGGGGAGGGGGCCGCUGCCACUCGCGGACGCGCCGUCGUAACCCGCCCCGGCCCCUAACCGUUUCGCCGUCCUUUCGUCCAUUUUCCCUUAGAGGUGUGACCCUUCUCGAGUAGCCAUGAGGCGACACGGAAACUAAAACUUUCGUAGUAGCUGAAAUCUGCAAUAUGUAACUUACGGGACAGUCUAAGGACAUGGUUUUCGGUAACGUAUUGGGAAAAAUUACCCAUCGCAGUCGUGUUCUUUUGUUCUGGUUUUUUUUCUUUUAAUGAAAAAAAGGUCCACAGCGAGAUUCAUAACCCGGCCCAUGAGGAUGACCUUGUGGUUCUGGAUGGCGGCCACUCAGUCUUUCACGCAAAGGUUGGAAACGCUGCGCACAGACUCCUUUUUUUUUUUUUCUUUUCCCAACGAUUUUCAACAAUUACACAAAAAUUCACGUGGAUACGGGGGAGAUGGUCUGUUUUGACAGAAACUGACAGGAAUCGAUCAAAACAAUCGAAUUUUGAAUUGAGUAUAAAGUGCAAUUUCAUUGGAUAGCUAAAUAUCUUUGUAAGAUAGAGAUUGUUGAAAAUUCUAUUUUUGUUUUCCAAGUCCUCCCACCCCAGGACUCUAAACGAUUGGGGUAAAAACCGCCUUGCAAGGAAAAGGGGAGCUAUUUUCGCUUUUUAUGUUUUUUAUUGUUAAACUUGUAUCCCUUUAAAAACCGAAGGAAAAUUGAAAAAAAAAAAAACAAAAAUCCCAGAUCUAAUGGUGCUUUUACCACAAUAUGUUAACUACAUUCAAUGCUAAUGAAUUCUUUUUUCUGUUCUCGAAGGCACAUAACUAAUAUGAGCCCCUACUCUUCUGUUCAUUUCACGAGCCACCGAGACGGAUUCUGUCGAUUCUGAUAAAAAAUAAAUAAAAUCAAGAUUUGGCGUCUCUGGCCACGUUAGGGUGGAUAUGACCCCUCCGAGUCACAAAACAAAAGAGAACUAAAGAAGAGAAAAACCCAGGUCUGGCACCCGAGGAAGGUACAUCGUAUCCCGGGCAGGCCGGACGGUCCCCUCGGAGGGGAGUCGAGCGAAACGGGGCUUGGGGGGCUUCCAGCAAUGACCGUUCAGGCCGCUACGAGCCCGGGGCUCUUGUUGGAAACAAAAAAAGAAGAAAGUUUGUCCCCCUAUCCGUCCAAGUAUCUUACAAGAAAAAGAAGAACAAAAAAAAGAACAAAAAAAAAAAAACCAGAGUGCAAGUGAUUUUUCUACCAGACAGCGAAGCACCGUUUUGCUUCCCGCGCGACUUUAAGAAGGUUCCCUAUGCUAUACAUAUAUAUACGUUCUGGUUGGCCAGGCCAGCCAAUCGGAGAAAGUCUCUGCAUGUUCUAGUGGUAGUAAACUCAUUUUUAUCUAGUUAACGUAGGAUAAAGUAGAGUGCAUUAAGACACAAUAUUGUAACCCCUAUUUAAGGCACUUGCCUUUAAACUUUGUUCACUCACAGCCCUUCAGAAGGGCCCCUACUACUGUCCUAUACAAUAUAGGAACUGAAAUUCUUGGGAAGAAAUUCUGCUCCUCAUCUUCUCCCCGAAAACGAUGUUCUUUGUUUUGUUUUUCUUGAUUUGCACGAAAACAAAAAUUCCAUAUCAAUGUGCCUUGCCCUGAAUAGCGAUUAUUUGUGGAAUUGUUGCACAUGUACCUGAAUUGAAAGGGGUUGGGAGACACUUUUUUGUAAAUGUGACUUUGACGUCAGCCCACGUGAGUUUCCAACAUCUAGAAUUCAGUAGAACGUUAGUUGUCCUGGAUGGUCGGUCAGUGGCAGUGCUAUUCGGAGAUAUCUGUCCGUAGAUGCUAAAGGGUAUCAGUAUUUUUGGAUGUUGCUGUAUUUUACGUUUAGUUUGGAGUCUUCCUUUGAUAUAUUAUUUUUGUUGUUGUUGUUGUUGUGUUCCCCCCACCCCCUGAUAUAUGAAAAUAUGCAAUACCUGCUUGUAUCAUAUAGAAGAAAGCUUAGCGAUUCUUUGUUUUCCUUUCUCUUUCUCUCUCUCUUUUUUUUUUUUAAUUUGACCAAAGUUGGUGCUGCACGAAGUGUGGCAUGUUUUGGUGUUUGUCUGUGGACUUUGUGAUUUUUGAAUGCACACAGAGGAGGAGGAGGAGGAGGAGGAGGGAAGGAGGAGGAGAGGAGAAGGUUGAGGAGGAUGAAGAGGGGGGUGGGAAAGAGGAGGGUGAAGGUUCAUUUUAGGGCGGCAGGUGUGACCGCCGCCUCUAAGCUGAGCUUGGCUUCAAGCGAUUUUGAUUUUUUACAACUGUUCCUUUCACAAGCAAGCCUUAAAAAAAAAAAACCCACAAAAAAACAAAAAAAAAACUUCCUUUUCUUCAGCUCCCAGACCCCAUUUUUCUUAGGCCGCAGGCGAUCCACACUCAGUUACCAGAAACAAGGAUCUAAAUGCCCAUUUUUAUAUGCACGUUUUUAAAAAACUUCCAAGUUCUGAACAAUUGUUUACUGGUGAUCUAUCGCUAUUUAAGGAAAAAAAAAAAGAAUAAAAUAAAACGUUUUGGAUUUUCA